CGCAACCUCCGUGGCAUUUUAAAAAUCUCUUAAUUUUUGCAAUAUCAUCUCAUCAUGGAAAGUCGACCAUUACUAUGACAAAUCCAGAACCCAAAAGAAGAAGAUGAAGCAGUUGUCUUGCGCCCUUAUCUUUGAUCCUCCUUCCGACAUCGCCUUCCGAGUCGCUGCUUUGUUACCGGUAAGAGAUGUUUGUGCGCUUGGAAGUUGCUCGAAGUUUUGGAGGGAACUUUGUGGAACGGAUCAACUAUGGAUUUCCAUGAUUAAACAGAGAUGGCCGUCUCUUCGUUUGUCUGACCACCCCUUCAAUUCUGAUGACUCAAUUUCUCAACCCCACUUUAGGGAUUUGAAGGGCUUUUACGUGAAAAGACACAAUGAGGUGGGAAGCAGAGUAGUGAAAUUUGUGGAGCAAUGGUCCUUCUCUGUUUCAGUGGAGGUUCAGGGUUAUUUGAAAGCAAUGAAAGAGCUGUGUUCAAUGCAGGUUGAUUUUAUGGAUGUGCAGAUGUUUCUGUUCAAGCAAGAGCUGAAUGUGUUUCUGAACUUGGUAGGACUGCACUAUUGUGUCAACUGGCUUGGAGUGCCGCUACAACAUGUUAUGGAUGCCCUGCAAGGCUCAGACAUAUCUGAGAGACAAGUAUCAAUAAAAUGGUGGAAAGUGGGGCGAUGGAGUAACGGGUUUCGUUUAAGAGAUGAGUCUCAUUAUCGUGUAGUCUCGUUGGCUGAUCUUGCUACAAAAAAACAAGAGGAUGUUCUUGGGGUUCUUUCCAGAGGUGCUGUCUAUGAGGUCAUACGCGUCCAGAUUUCUGUUGCAUCCCCAUUAUCUGUCCCUUGGACAUGCCACACCUCCCUUUUACCUCAACGUUAACCUUAGCUUUGCUUGUUCAUGGUUUAUGGCUUUUAUGUACAUAAUAUAUACAGUUUAGCAACAUGGAUGCUUGUAUGAGUUGUAUAUAUGUACAGAAAACUAUUGUACAGGACAUAUUUUUUUUUUUUUU